AUGGCGUCACCUCAGGGAUAUGUGCAACGGCAGCAAGGUGCUGUCGCCGAGGCACCAUCUAAGGUAUACCAACCAGCUACUGCUGCUCCAGCUGUUUCCUACACCCCCACUGAGACAAAUAUUCCUUCCAAAUUGCACGACAAGGUGCCAAACUUAGACCUCUACAAGAAGCUCCAGGAUGCCGAAAAACAGUUAGAUUUGCUCAUAGCACAAAAAGGCUUGGACUUCCAAUCUGUUCAGGCCUCCUCGAUGCAGCCAAAUAGCAUGAAGAGAGAGACUGGAAUCUUGCGUGUUUUUGUCUACAACACAUGCGAGAACCAACCUUGGCAGAAGAACCAGUCGAGCGUGAAUGAAUCUUCCAAUAGCGACUCGUCGUGGACUUUGCGUGUGGAGGGACGUUUUAUCAAGGAUAAUGGUGAGAAAUCCGAGACGGAGGACAUGAAGUUCAGCUCUUUGCUUUCUGGUAUCUCUAUCGAAAUUGUGCCCAACAACGAGUACCCAUCAUUGCAGGGCAGUCAGUCAAAUAUCAUCGAAUGGCGCAAUGAUGCAGACAACAACAAUGCUGGUAAUCCUCAGCUAAAAAAUGGCUCUCCACUGUGGCUGUUUGAUGGUAUUGAUGUCAAGCGCCAAGGUGUUUUCCCAAUCAAAGCCAAGGUGGCUAUCUUAGCAAAGGACUAUACCUUCAAGCUUCUGGUUUCGGAGGAGAUGGCUCAGUUUACUGGUAAGCGUGAGGCCUCGCAACAAGAAUUGAUUUACCUGAUCUGGCAGUACGUUUUGUUUAAGAAGUUAUUCAAGAAGGCUGAACAUUACGCCAAUGUGCCCGCUGUUUCGGCUUCCUCACUCUCAUCUCAGGCUUUAGGCUCACAGGGCGAUGAGGAAGCGGAUUUGUCUGUCGUCCAAUGCGAUGACAUAUUGAAGGGUUUGUUGAAGGUGGAUGCCUUUAAAUUUAAAGAUCUUUAUCAAUUGAUUCAGCCUCAUUUGCGCCCUCGCCAGCCAAUUGUUAUCGAAUAUGAAGUGGACACUACUAGAUCAACCACUUUGGGUGAUGUUGUAAUCGACAUCCCUGUUGAAUUAGCGUUGUCAAUGAGCAAAAUUGAAAAGGAAAUCAUCGAAGAGAACAAGAAGGCCUUCGAAAGCAUGUCAAAGUCGGAUGAGCUUGUGCAAUAUCUAAAUCAACGUAUCUCUCUCGGCAUUGUCGCACUACAGAGUGCAAACAACAGGGAAUCUUUUUACAGAGAAUUAAGUGAAGACCCCGUUGUAUUUAUCAAGAAGUGGUUGGAAAGUCAAUCCGAGACUUUGAAGGCUUUGAAGAGUGAGGAGGGUUUCAAUGAAGAGGAGGUCAGAAAGGCAGAAUACUUCAAAGAACAUGAACAAGAAUUGAGGCAAAAAAUUGACCUCAUGUUGGGAGCUCAGAAGAUGUGA